AGCGGUUUGAAUCGGCGGCGGCGGCGGGCGCGGAGCGCGGCCAGAGGGAGGGGGUGGCCCCGGGACACCCCCGGAACACCCCCGGAACACCCCCACAGGUGUGUGCAGUAAUGGCAAGGUAUAAGAAAUGCAAACGGAAACGAAGAGCCCGAGCAAAAUUUCGACUGGAAAAGAAGAGAAAUGCUGCAGCCCCCCAGGGCUCAGUUUGUCCCUCUCCACGGUCACCAGCUCAUCUCCCUCUGAACUCACCACCAGUCCCAAGCUGCUCCCGCUGGCCUUUAGCCUUGCCCAGUGUAAAAGGUGUGGUCAGACCCUUGACAGCAGCAGCCUCAUUUCUGUACUGGUGGUGCCAGGGCAGGGUUGCACAGAGCUUCCAGGUGGUUAAAGACACCAUAUUUCCAUCACAAGUCUACUUAAGGGAACUAAAUAUGUUCAGGGAGAAGCUGGAGAAGUUGGAAAGUGAAUUUUCCAAGCUACAAGGAGCACUCCAGAUGAACGGAGUGGCAGCUUUGUCUUCAAAAAGUUCUCUUUGCCAAAAGUGUCACAAGCCAGUCCUGGCUGCUCCUGUGGGGACACAGAUGGAUCCUCCACCCUCAGCAUCCGUGCCUGUGUCCAUCCCCCCUCCUCCUCCUCCUCUUCCUCCUCCUCCUCCUCCUCCUCCUCCACCACCGCCACUGCCUCCACCAAAACUGCCUCCAGCACCUCUCCUCCUCCAACGGGGCACAGCCUCGAACCUGGCACCCCCAGUGAAAAAGGAUGGGCCCAUGCACAUCACCCUCAAAGACCUCCUGAAUGUUAAACUGAAGAAGACAAACAGCAACCUGAGAAUGGACAAGGAACAAUCACCAGUGAAGCUACGCAGGGCAUUAAUUACAGUCACAGAUCUACAGAGUGUUAGUCUGAGACCUAAAUCCAAGCCAUCACCUCAUGCUACAAAAUCUUUAAUUACCUCCCCUAAAAAUCAGAUUGAUCUUCGGAAGCAUCUGAAGAAAGUCGAUAUCCAAAGAAGUCCUGGUGGCACUCCUCUGAAUAGUAAAGAAAACAUUGAAUGUGGCUCUGGGCUGACCCCAAUAAUGACACAGGCACUACGGCGCAAAUUUCAGAUGGCUCACCCGAAGAGUCCCUCGCCUGCACGGCUGAGUGCUGCAAACAGCUUUGAUGAAAAGUAAAAGGGAAAGUAGGUUUAUAGAACAAUUUUCUAUUUGUGGUCAGGAAGCCACUUGAAUCCCAUUUUUAUUACACUCAGGCACAUGUAUUUGUAAGCAAAUGUAGUGCACAGGAAAAUGGGGCAUUAUGAAACCCUGUAAAGCAGAUUGUGCUUUUUAUCUCUUUCUAAUGUCUCUCGAUUUGGUCGCAUCUUCAUUCAUAAUGGAAAAAAGAUAGGAAAUCUCUCAAGUCUUUUGACACCUGGGUGCUGCUGAAGCAGGAACUGUUAUAUUCCUAGCACUGGUGCUGCUUGUCGUACAAAUAUGUGUUUGCUGAAAUUCAGUAUUUUUAUAUCUUUUUUUAAACAAAAAAAUAUCUUGACAGUAUUUGUACAUUUUCAAAGAAAAACAACAGUUUAAUGCACUAAUGUAUUAAAAUGGAAAGCUGCAAGCUUCAACGAACAGUUCUAGUCUGUGGCUACAAAUGUAAGAGGCCCUUGCACUGUGUAUCACUGCUGUCUGAUCACUAUUAAAAGGCUGCACUGCUUAAA